AUGCCUGGAAGCAAGGACUUGUUGUUUUUCUUUGGAGGGUGGUGGAGGAGUGCACUUUUCCGGUAUUUGCCGUCUGGAGGUGGAAUCCAUCAAAGGAUUAGGGGCUGUCUCGGGGAUGGGAUCGGUUUAUCGGUAUUUUCCGGAUGUGGAAUAAAUUAUCCGGCACUUAAACGACAUCUCGGAGGUUUUAAACGCUCUGUGUCUCUACACGACUCGAAAGGGAUCUCGAUUGUUGUCCGCGAUUAA